AUGCGGGAUGCGCAGCUGCAGCCCGACGUCAUCAGCUACAACGCUGGCGUCAACGCGUGCGCGAGAGGUAGACAGUGGCAGCGGGCUCUGUUGCUAUUCAGCGAUAUGCGGAAGGCGAAGUUGGAACCCAACACAGUCAGCUAUAACGCCGUCAUGAGCGCGUGCAAUAAAGCCAAACAGUUGCCGCGGGCUCUAUCACUGUUUGAGGAGAUGCGGGCGGCGAGGUUGGAGCCCGACUGCAAAAGCUACAGCAUCGGGAUCAGCGUGCACCAGAAAGGAAAGCGGUGGCAGCAGGCUCUGUCGCUGCUUCGCGAGAUGUGCGGGGUGAAGGUGGAGCCAAACGUCUUCUUCAGCUACAGCGCUGGGAUCAGCGCGUGCGAGAAAGGCGAGCAGUGGCAGCGGGCCCUGGCGCUGUUGAGCGAGAUGCGUGAGGCGAAGUUGGAGCCCAACUCAGCUACAGCGCAGGGAUCAGCGCGUGCGAGAAGGGCGAGCAGUGGCAGCGGGCCUUGUUGCUGCUGA